UUGUAAUCGAUUUAAAAAAAAAAAAGAAGGCGUUCUUCCCUGAUGUUGGGAACGAAGAAAAGGCAGACGAGAAGGAGGAAAAAAAAAGCGCUGAGUUUCUUCCCUGAGGUUGGGAACGAAGAAAAGAAAGACGAGAAGGAGAGGUUGGAAACGAAGAAGAAGGAGAGGUUCAAGCUGAUCGGCUUGAUGUUAGUGUGGUUUAUUCUUGGUGGACUUACCUUCCACUUGCUUGACUGCAUCAUAUUGUUUAUGGAUUAUAAUUUGUGGGUCCCCGACUUAUCUGGAAUGUGGUACAGGAUCGACCUUCUAGUAAGGUUCAUGCAGCCCCAGGUAAUAAACCCAGGGAGUAAAUAGCGCCUUGGAACGUGCAUUUGACAACUACAUCAAUGACAGUGAGAGUUGGCAGCAACUUGUUCAGAAGAACAUGAAAACAGAUUUCAGUUGGGACUUAUCAGCCUCACAAUAUGAUUUGUUAUGGAAUAUACCUAAUGCUAAAGAGUGAAGAGUUCUGGAAUUUGUGGUUUCAAUUGUAUAUAGACACAAUUGGGUUGAUUUUACCCUCACCUUCCCAUUUCCAUAUAUUCUACAGUCAAGUCAUGUAAUUCUUUUGUUGAUAGAUGAAUAGACUCAAUUGUAUAAAUGCAAAUCUUGUUCUUCUAUGUGAGUGCAAAGAGAUUAAUGAUUGAAGUCCUAAA